CCCGCUGCCGCCGCCGCUCCCCAUGGCGGCUAGCACUAAGGCCGUGUCCCUGCUGAAGCGGACACUGGCCCUUUCCCCCCCGCGAGGAUCCCCCCGGGCGCUGGGGCGGCUACGGGGUGGCGGGCAGAGGGUGCAGGAGCGCGGUGCCACUCCGGCCCCGGUCCCGCCGCCGGUCGCUCCCCGCCUCCAGCCGCCCCCCUGCACCCCGCUCUGCCCACAGGACUCGCUGGGACGAGGCCUCCGCACCUGCUACCGCUACCUCAACCAGACCAGCCGCAGUUUCGCCGCCGUUAUCCAGGCCCUGGACGGAGAGCUGAGACAUGCUGUCUGUAUAUUCUACCUAGUUCUCCGUGCCCUGGACACUAUAGAGGAUGACAUGACCAUCAGCUUAGAUGUAAAGGUCCCAAUGCUGCAUGAGUUUCACUCCUAUCUUUAUCAACCAGAGUGGAAAUACAUGGAGAGCAAGGAGAAGGACCGGCAAGUACUCGAGGACUUCCCAACGAUCUCCAUGGAGUUCAGGAACCUGUCAAAGGUCUACCAGGAUGUGAUUUCAGAUGUUUGCCACAAAAUGGGUGUCGGGAUGGCAGAGUUCUUGGAGAAAAAAGUGGACUCUCAGCAUGAGUGGGAUGAGUAUUGUCACUACGUAGCGGGGCUGGUGGGGAUCGGCCUUUCCCGUCUCUUCUCUGCAUCAGAGCUUGAAGAUCCCAUCGUUGGGCAGGACACAGAGCUGGCCAACUCCAUGGGCCUCUUCCUGCAGAAAACCAACAUCAUCCGUGACUAUCUGGAGGACCAGAUGGAUGGAAGGGAGUUCUGGCCCAGAGAGGUUUGGAGCAGGUACGCAAAGAAGCUCUCAGAUCUUGCCAAACCAGAGAACAUCGAUAUGGCUGUGCAGUGUCUGAACGAGCUCAUCACCAACGCCCUCCACCACGUCCCUGAUGUCCUCACAUACUUAUCCCGCCUCAAAAACCAAAGUGUUUUCAACUUCUGUGCUAUUCCCCAGGUGAUGGCUAUUGCCACAUUGGCUGCCUGCUAUAACAACAAGCAAGUGUUCAGGGGAGUUGUGAAGAUCCGGAAGGGACAAGCUGUCACUCUCAUGAUGGAUGCCAAAAACAUACAAGCUGUCAAAGCCAUCAUGUACCAAUACGUGGAAGAGAUCUACCAGAAGAUCCCCAGCACAGACCCCUCAUCCAACAAGACUCAGCAGGUCAUCGCCUCCAUCCGCGCCAUGAGCUUGCCCGGCGGCACCAUGGCCUCGCGCCACCACUACUCCCCCAUCUACCUGUCAUGCGCCAUGCUGCUGGCUGCCCUCAGCUGGCAGUACCUCAGCACCCUCACCAAGGCCACCGAGGAGUACAUGCAGGCGGGCGAGAACUGAGGGGCAGAGCUGGUGGGUUGCAGGGUGGGGGCAGCGAGGCCCCUCAGUGUGUGCCCAUGGGGAGGGCCCUGUGCCAUGGCGCCCAGGGCAGGGAGGGGCAGGGCUUAGGGGAGCUGCAGCCAUGGGGUGACAGUGUGCCCUUGCUCCUCCCUGCUUUUGCAGUUGGCUUGGAUUGUUACAAACAUCUCACUCUGUGGGGUUGAGUAUUUUGGUUUUCCCUCUGCUUUCCUACUGGAAUUUUUUCAUUUGGUUGGGUUUUUAAAUAGAAAACUCCAGUUACCUCUUUUCUUCAUGGAGCUCUGAGACACCUUUCCCGCUCAGAGCUGAGCAAAACCUGGGUUUUGGCUCCUUUUGGAUUUUUUUAAGGCAGCAUAUUCCCUCUGGUGCCUCCCCACACUAGCUGCUGCUUCACCCAGGAAUUGUGUUUCCUUCUCCAAGGAAAGAGCUCUGGCCACCUUCUGGCCCUCAGCCCAGGGUAUUUGACAUCCUGGGAAUAGGCAGAGGGAACCUUCACACUGCUGUUGUGCUGAAGGAGGCUGCUGGGCUUGAAACAAGCCCUUUUAACGCUAAAUAACGUUGGAGGUGGGAUGCUCUGUCCCCUUGAAUGUGCCCCCAGCUGAAAGCCAGCUUUUGCAGCUCCCUGCCCCCUGCAAAGCUUUUGAGUUUUAGCAGCUGGAGGGGGGAGUGUGAGUGAUAAGGGAGCUACCUGUUAUGAUCUGAGCUCAUAAGCCAUGGCUGACCCCAGGGCAGAGUCUAGGCUCUGGGGCUUCAGCCCCAGGCAACAGGUGGCAGUAGCAGAGCACAAUUGGGGCAGGAGAGCUAAGUGCCUCUGCAAGGCAGGAGAGCAAGGGUUUGUACUGUGUUGUCCCUCAGGGAACGUUUUUGGGGGGCCCUUGCUGCAGUGGCUACCUUAAAAGGCAGCAGUGAUCCAUCCCUGCCCAGGGUUAGGAUGGUUCAAUGGGGGUGGCCAGGGCAGGUUUCCUUGGCCCAAGCUUGGGAGGAUGCUGUGGGUUAGGCUGACACACAAGCUGUGUUUGGAAACACAUCAGGCAGGACAGCAAGAGGAAACUGCUUUGAAGGAAAGUCCCAUUUUCCUGGGGUGGGUUUUGGUAUUCAGUGUCCCUUCCCACCCUAUCUCAAAUGCUGCCUUGCCUAAGGGAAGGACAGCCAUGUCCUGGGACAGGACAGAGCUCUCUCCCAGCUGUGGCCUGGGGGCCUUGGCAAGGCCAAGUCCCUGCAGCCAGACUGUUCCUCAGGAGGACCCCUCCUCCCCAGGUGCCCCUGUAGAUAGUGUUAAGCUGUUGUUCAUAAGAAACUUUCAGUAGCUCUCUUGGUACAGCGUCCUGAAAUUAAAGUUUUCUUUGGGAAAAAAAUAAAAA